GGCCGUUAGACAUCGCUCGCCCACGAAGACCCCGAAGAGGCGGAAGAAGCCACGGUCGUCGUCUUUCAGCAGCGCUUCAGAGCUGAGAACGCCGGUAGACGACUAUCAUGAUGUGCCGCCGGAGAGGCUGGGCAAAAGCUUUGCGGUCAUCAAGAUGGGCGCAUCCGCAGGACUGCAUCAACGCUCCAACGGUAAUGAGGAUGACGACGAGGUUGUGUCCGGCUGGCAACCUGCUUCCCCUCCCCCCUUGCCUGGCUGGCUAGCGUCUACUUUUACGACAUUGAACAAAAAGCACCCUCUGCGCCUUUUACUGCCUCACGCGUCAGCCGCACCGCAUCCUGCCGAGCAAAGCAAAGUCCCCAAUAGUAAAGCUGCUCAUUCACGCACAGAGGACGACGAUGUCUUUGCUUUCCAUGCGCCGGACGAGAACGACCCCCCUCCGCUCGAACAGAAUGCUCUCCCUGUACUGCUUCAGUCUCCUUUCUCGCGUGCUACGAAUAACCCUGCUCAGUCACCUCUACUUUCUCGCGCCGUUGUAACGCCAGCGCUCUAUAUCGCGCCAGAUGCUCCAUUCUCGACUCCUGGCCCCGCGCCCCCGUCGCAGUGCUCAAUGCCACCGCCCCCGCUCUUUGAUGAAGAACAAGUCUCGCAGGCCGUCCAGCGCGCGACAUCAAGGCCUCCGUCUAGCAUGUAUCGACCUCCUUCUAGCGUCCAUCGUCCGACCUCGCGUCUGUCUUCGCAUCUGCUGCCCAGAGCAGUGCCUCAGGCCGCACAGCGCUCCGAGUCACCGAACUGGCUUCACUCGCCUCCUGGCUCCGCGUAUCCAGCAUCGAUCCUGCAGCGCUCACCUCCGCGUCGUGAUUUACCUCCUACUGCCUCCGACCUUCGCGUUCGCUAUGCCCCUACUCCCGAAUUGCUCCGCGCCCGCCGGGUACCGACCGCUGUGCCGCUAUCCCCUACUCCUUCGAGGCUUCCUGCUUCAAGGCCUCCUGACGAGGACCGAGAAGAUUAUGCUAAAAUGAUCUACAGUGCUGACCCUGCUUGCGCCGAUUAUAUGCUGCCUGCUGGACGUGCAGCUGACGGAGACAACACUUUCGAAGCCCCCAACGAUCCUUACUAUCCUGGAAAGAACGGCGCCCUUGACGCUUUUGUGGACGCGCAUGCCUGCACGGAUAUCGAGGGCGACAUGUAUGCGCUCUACGACGACGCGAAUACAACGCUUACUGCCUCGGACCCGGUGGUCACGCCUUUCGCUCUCGAGAACGGUGGCGAAGUGAACAGUAGACAUCAACUCCCUGCCGACGAAUACUGCUUCGAAGAGCACGAUGACACGCUAGUUGACGAUGGCAAUACCUCUGGCGACACCACUGACUGCAAGUUGAACAAUAUCGAGGACAACAUCCCUGACGUGUUUUCUACGCCCGGUCUCGGUCACUACGUCUACUUCGAUGCGCCGACGUCGGACCCGUCCGAGGAGGAUGACUACGCGGUGGUCUCGGCGGAUGCAGCAGAACCAACGGCUUUCGAGACGACGGGGCGGGACGUCGAGGGGGCGGGGCGGGACUUUGCCGCGACGAAUGAGAACAAUACAAUGGCGAACGAGAAUGACGAGGCGCCUAUCGAUUAUGGUCAGCUCGGCGUCGACUACGACGCGCUGGACUUCAGCUGGAAGCCAUUCGACCGGAAGGGCGUGUCGCGGGAUCGACGCGACCCAGGUCGCUCGCAGGAACGCUUGGUGCUAGCUCGGGACAGUCCACCAAGAGGGUCCGUCCGCCGUCAGUCUGAAUCAGCCCACCGUCAGCCGUCUUCAGCACAUCGUCAACCCUCCUCGGUCCAUUGCCAGCCCUCUUCAGCUCAUCGCCAGCUACAGUAUCGUCCGGCCUCGCAGGCAUCUCAACCGCGUUUCCUUGGCUCCGUUAUCCAUGCCGCCUAUGGUACACGCAUAGAGACCGCGCCCCGUCAAGCUGCAGCGCAGGAGGCCGUCGUGCUGCCUUUUCCCUUGACGUCCUCUCAACGCGCUCCUGUGACGCCAGUGCGAGCCUCGCGUCCUGUGAUCCAGGUACCGCAGGCCGGCAGCGAGUCAACGUUGUCGCCGGUGCGCGAGGAGGACGAGGGAGGGACGAGCUUGUUGGGUGCGCUGGAUUCGCUCCAGGAAGAUAGAAAGAAGGAGAACGAGCCUAGGGACGAUGUCAGCGCAGAGAAGACGCCCGGCCCCGCCUUCGCGCCCGCUCCAGGCAUCUACCUCUCGCCUCUGCGCGGGGAUGCGACCUCGGGGUCGCAGCAGUCGAACGAGGGCGACAAGGUCGAGGCAAGUCUUGCUAUUGCCUGCUCUUCUCCCGCUUUCAAUGAGUCUCUGACCUCAUCCUAUCCAGACCCCUGCAAAGCCUGUCUCUCCGCUCAUAGUGCCGAAGAAGGAGCCUGGCACUGGCAGUGCGCAUUCCGACAAGGCUGCGCUUCCAACCAUCGCGCAACAUAGCUUCUCCAAGCGACGCCGCUCUGGCGUUUCGAAGCCUCGGUCUGCGAAGGUGUUAUGGUCGACGCCGAGUGAGGUGCUAAGCCUGGAUGAUGAUUCGAGUUCGAUCGAGUCUUGGGAUGAUUGAGGCGAAGAGGUCCAACGGGUAAAUCGCGAAUAAGGGAAAUGGCCCUUGUUUGACGUAGAUCAUUAGUUCCUGCCAUGUGCUGUCGAUCCUAGUUGCCCUUCCGCUUGUCU